AGCCACUCUUGUCACCCAAAUAUAUAGAAUUGUAUAAAGUCCCAAACGUAGAAAAGAAAACAAAGAAAAUGAAGAUUGCCUACAAGAAACAGGGGUGCCACCCACACGUGCAACAACCUUAAACUUCGGAAUUUGAUAAAAACCAAGAGGAGCUUCCUCCAGUGGAAUUGUGAAUUGUGUGAGCGAAGCAGCAUGCCACCCAACCCCUGCACAACUAGAAAACAGUCAACCAGAGAGAGAUGGAGAGAGAGAGGGUUGACCAAGCGUCUUGUGGGUGAGCUACCGGCCCAUCUCUCACACGCCCAGCGGCGUUGAAUUCUUUAAUGCCCUCAUGCACCUUUGGUGGCAUCUCUCUUCACUUCACAUUCCAUGCAAUGCACCCCAUUCUAAAUUUCUAAUAUAUUAUCUCCUUCCCCUCCAUCACUCACCUCACUUCCUAUCUUUUUUAUCACUUGAAAACAUACUCAAGGGUUUUUUCUUUUACGAAAUUCUUAGUUUAUUAUUCCAGCCCAUUCUCUGCUUUCUCUACUCAAAACCCAAUUAGAGUUUUUUCUUAAGGAGGGCUGAGAAAAUAAGGAAAUACCCGGAGAUGGGUCGGAUCCCGUGUUGCGAGAAGGACAAUGUUAAGAGGGGGCAAUGGACACCGGAGGAAGACAACAAACUCUCUUCCUACAUCGCCCAGCAUGGCACCCGCAACUGGCGCCUCAUCCCUAAGAAUGCCGGUCUUCAGAGAUGUGGGAAGAGCUGUAGGCUGCGAUGGACGAAUUACCUUCGUCCUGAUCUGAAGCAUGGCCAAUUCUCGGAUGUAGAAGAACAGACCAUCGUGAAGCUUCAUUCAGUUGUUGGCAACCGCUGGUCAUUGAUAGCAGCUCAGCUGCCUGGCCGCACCGAUAAUGAUGUUAAGAAUCACUGGAACACCAAGCUGAAAAAGAAGCUUUCAGGCAUGGGAAUUGAUCCGGUCACCCACAAGCCCUUUUCCCAUCUCAUGGCCGAGAUUGCCACCACGCUGGCUCCUCCACAGGUGGCUCACCUUGCUGAAGCGGCCCUCGGCUGCUUUAAAGAUGAAAUGCUCCACCUGCUUACCAAAAAGCGUAUCGACUUCCAGUUUCAGCAAUCUGGCGCUGCACCAGGAAACACUGCAGCCACUUACACUGCCAACAAACAAGAUGAAAAAGAUGAUACCAUUGAGAAGAUCAAGCUGGGAUUAUCAAGGGCCAUGCAAGAGCCUACAAUGCUACCCUUGAACAAGCCUUGGGACUCCAAUGGAGCCACUUCCGCAAAUUUUGCUGGGGCCUGCAGUGGCUUCCCCAUAUCUGUCCCUAGAUUUCAGUAUGGCCCAUCAUCAUUUGGAAACGAAGGCGAUGGAUCACCAUGGAGCCAAAGUAUGUGUACUGGGAGCACAUGCACAGCAGGGGACCAGCAAGGGCGGCUGCGUGAGAAACUCGAGGAUGAAAAUGGGGAAGAGACUGGGGGUGGAAAAGAAAUUAGACACUCGUCCAGCAUAUUCAAUUCAGACUGCAUCCUAUGGGAUUUACCAUCUGAUGAUCUGAUGGACCCUAUGGUUUGAGAGAGCUUAUACAACAGCAGAGGGCAAGAAAACCUACUUUAUGCAAAAUAAUAUACUUCUUAUGGCAAUGAUAACUGAUGCAAAUGUAAAUAAAAGUUCAUUUUAUGGAUUAUGAUCAAAUUAUCAAUAAAGGCAUAAUUUCUCAACAUUAUUUUCAA